UUUGUACUUUCAACGUAUAAUCAUGUUGCGAUGUGUGUUAGGAGUGCUUUUAUAUGCGAUAAUAUUAUACCGUGUGGCAUCGGAAAAUACAGUUGCAACUGAUACAGCAAUCAACGGAUUGAUAAGAGAAAAUAUUUCAAUAAAUUCACAAGAUUUUCCUAUAGCUUCGGGCAAAUUAUUACCAAACACAAAUGGAAAUUUGUCUCCGGCACAGCAGAUUAUUUACAUUUACGGACCGCGUCAAUGGAAAAUGCAAGACGGUAACAAUCUCAUAGAAAAAGCAGGAAGCGAUUACCUUAUGACACCUGGUAUUGGUGCUCAUAAACUUCACGUUCGCAAGUUGCCAUGGAAUAAAGCUCGUAGAAUUUGUAUUCAAGAAGGGGGUCAUUUGGCUAUCAUUAACAGCAAUUCGGAAGAAAAAUUGCUGCUGCACAUCUUAGAGGAGAACAAAAUAAAUCAGGCAUGGCUCGGCGUGCACGAUCUCUAUGAAGAGGGCGAUUGGAACACGAUCAUGGAUGAGCCUUUGGAAGCUACGGGAUACUCAAAAUGGACACUAAAAAUUCCUAACGAGCCUGACAACUAUAAUGGAAAACAGCAUUGCGGAGUUCUUCUAAAGGACGGAGGAAUGGAUGAUCUCGAAUGCACUGCAAUAGUUGCUUUCUUCUGCGAAAUUACUCUCUGAAUUCUCAUAAAUCACGUGAACGCAAGAUCGUAAUCAGACGUGGUAACAGUACGCGCUUCAUCAAAGACUAUCUAUAAUUAAAUAGCCAUUCUAAGAUGUGCUAUUAAGAUCAAAUUAACGUCAGUAACAACGCAGGCGUUUUUUACGAUUAAUAGGGUUAUAGAUUAAUCUUACAAUGAAGUUGAUUAUAGGUCGCAAGGUCUAUUUUUAUACUAACGAUUAUCUUUAGGGAUAUUAAAUAGUGAUACUAAAUACCAUGGAAUACGUGCGUAAUGUAUAUUAGAAAAUGUAAGAAGACUUAUAUUUUUAUAAAAUACGUUGAUUCUUUAAAAACAUGUACUUUUAACUAAUAGGAUAAGGUAAAGAGGAUGAUUGGUAAAUAAUAUAAUACAAACAAAAAA